ACCAACCUUAUAUGGACUGAACAUCCCGGUAAUGGCUUAUUUCGCCCUAGCACCCAGCGGUAGCACAAUAUCCAUGAACCAGAUAUAGCACUUCAGCCACUUUGGCAUUCUUCCUGGACUUACUGAACUGAUUCCUUCGCUACCAUCACUUUGUCAGGCAAUGGUUAUCGACUGAGCCUCAUGAUUUGCCGUAUCUGUUGUAGCUCAGCGUUUCUGCGACACUGACAUUUUUUAUCAAAUUUGGACUGUGUGCGUUUCUGUUUCUCUGUUUUAAAACAGCGGAUUUCCAAACUGGUGCACAAAGUUUCCUGAAUAAUUUCUUCCAGACUAUGUCGUUGACCAACACAAAGACGGGCUUUUCUGUAAAGGACAUUUUGGACCUCCCUGACACGAACGAUGAAGAAGGAUCUAUCACUGGAGCGGAGGACGACACAGAGGGAUCGGAACCUACAAAAACGCCUCGAGUUUUGGUGCAAAGUCCACUUGAAGGUGUUCAAAAUCUGCCUUUAAAGAACCCCUUUUAUGAUAAUAGUGACAAUCCUUACACAAGAUGGCUUGCCACCACAGACAGCAUCCAGUAUUCAUAUUCCGAUGUUGGCGCCAGAAGAAGGAUGCUCAUUGUGUUUUCCCACGCAGUGCAUGGUCUAUCCGCUAACUCACAAGACUCAUCAGCCAAAUCGCCAGAGCCUUCCGCCGAUGAAUCACCAGACAACGACAAGGAAACUUCAAGCAACGGCAGCGACUCCGGUAAGAAACGCAAGAGGAGAGUGCUGUUCUCCAAGGCGCAGACUUACGAACUCGAACGCCGCUUUAGGCAACAGAGGUACCUUUCGGCACCCGAGAGAGAACAUCUCGCUAGCUUGAUUCGCCUGACACCGACGCAAGUGAAAAUUUGGUUCCAGAACCACCGAUACAAAAUGAAGAGGGCUCGCGCUGAGAAAGGUAUGGAAGUGACCCAUCUCCCCUCACCACGACGGGUGGCCGUCCCUGUAUUAGUCAGGGAUGGUAAACCCUGCCACACGCUAAAAGCUCAGGACUUGGCGGCCACUUUUCCGGCUGGAAUACCCUUCUCCGCAUAUAGCGCCCAGUCCCUCCAGCACAUGCAAUAUAACGCCCAUUAUAGCGCCGCCACUACACCACAGUUCCCUUCGGCACAUCACUUGGUACAAACGCAACAGUGGACUUGGUGAAUCAGACUGAAUGGAUGGGCUUGAUUUUGGGACUGGGGUUUGAGUUUCACAAACAAAACAAAAGGAAAAGACUUUUUUUGGCGGCUUGACCCAUUUCAACCGUUUCAUUUAGAGGCUGACGUAUGCGUCAUGUUUACAUUUUUCCGUUCAGCAAACCGGGUCCAGCCUCUCCUUAGAUCUAAGAAUGUCAAUGCUCUUGUGAAAUUUUGUAAAGUAUGUUUGUGUGUUGUAGAAAUGUUUUGUCCUUCGUGUCCCCAGCACGUAUAAAACCACUUUAUAAUUACAGAAAAUUUUAUUUCGUGCUUUUACAAUGGACCGAAAAUAUUUAUGGCCAAGAAUAAAUACUGGCAACUUUUAGCCAAUUACUUUGGUUUCUGUUCCUUGUAAAUAUUUUUGUGGCAAUUGUUUGCAAUACAGUUAUGUUUCAGGGCGUGUAGCUGGAGACAUGGAAUAUUGAAAGUACUAUUGAAAGUUAAAAUUAAUGACAAAUGUCAAAGCUGUCAAUACUGACCCAUCGAAUUAUGUGAAUAGUAAUUAAAACGCGCGUUGAUUGCGAGAA